CUCUCCGAUAUACAAGCGAAUUUGCCGUGUUCAGCUGAUAAACUUUUGGGGGUUAGGGCACAAGUAAUGAUAAUUCUGUGGUGUGUAGCGGAAAACUAUCCUAGUUUUUUUUUUUAAUUAAAAUAACAAGAAGAAGAUAAAACAUCCGAUUCGAUGUAAGAGAGGAUAUGUAAAUAUCUCGUAUUAUUAUUUUGCAAAGGAAACAAAAAUUGACACCUGCCUGUAAAAUAAUGGAUGGAAUAACAAUUCAAUUGCGAGAAAUCCAAAAUUAUGCGGCCUAUUUUGAAGUUGACUUAUUUCUUCGGCGGUUUUGUAAAUAAAUAAAUAAAUAUAUUGCAGCACAAUGUUUUCUUCAAACGACAAAACUAGCAUAUUGUCGCCUACGACAAUGCUUCACUAUGAUAAGAAAUUUGGAUAUUGACAACAGACAGGAGGACAUUAAUGGAAAUCGCAUAUUUGUUAAUAUUUUACACCUUGAUUUGUGCUAAUGAAAAAUGUCGAACACGUUGAUGCAACAAUUUGUUCAACGACUCAAGUCGAGAAAUGAAGACGCUCGCAACAAGGCGGCGCGCGACUUGUGCCUUUACGUCAAGAGAGAACUGCGCGAAGCGUCCCAGGAAGAGAUCACAGCAUUUAUGGACGAGUUCAAUCAUCACAUAUUCGAGAUGGUGUCGGCUUCCGAUAUCAAUGAGAAAAAAGGUGGUAUAUUGGCCAUAGUUUGUCUAAUUGGCGCUGAUGUGGGUAAUUUUAAUACGCGAACAGUGAGAUUUGCCAAUUAUCUCAGAAAUUUGAUACCUUCCAACGAUGUGGGCGUUAUGCAGUUGGCCGCAAAGACGGUCGGAAAGCUGGCCCUGGUUUCGGGCACUUACACAGCCGAGUAUGUCGAGUUUGAAGUUAAACGUGCCUUCGAGUGGCUCGGCGCGGACAGACACGAGGGCAGAAGACACGCUGCCGUGCUUGUGUUGAGAGAACUUGCCGUCUCCGUGCCAACGUACUUCUUUCAACAAGUCACGCCGUUUUUUGAAUUGAUAUUCAACGCCAUACACGACCCCAAGCCUGUUAUACGAGAAGGUGCUGUUGAGGCUUUGAGAGCGGCGCUUGUGGUCACCGCUCAGAGAGAAACAACAAAGCAAAUGCACAAGUCCCAAUGGUACAAACAAUGUUACGACGAGGUGGUGGACGGUUUCGAAGAGACGCAUUCGAAGGAAAAGGGAAUCAACAGAGACGACAGGAUACACGGCUCGUUGUUGGUGUUGAACGAGCUGUUGAGAUGCAGCAACGUUCAGUGGGAGCGAAACUACGAGGGUUUGAUGGAGAGAUUGAGCGGUUCAACGCAAAAUGAAAACGACAUACUUUAUCUGAUGCCACGUCUCAAGACAACGAUAGUGUCCAAAUGGACGGGAUCCAAUCAGAACACAUCAACGUCCCAGCACACGUUGUAUCCGGCUCACGAAUCAGCUGUUUGCCGAUGUCUGAUGCAAGACAGAUUGGACGACAUUUAUAACGACGUGAUGAAUCAAAAAAUCUCCAGAAAUCCGCACAUACAACACGCGCUCAUGAUGUUGCUUCCUCGACUCGCCGCGUUCAACAGAGACAAAUUCAUAAGAGAUCACUUGAAGGAAUCGUUGGCGUAUCUUCUACUGAUCCUGCGAACACGCGAAAAAGAUCGAUACGCCGCAUUCACGUCGAUUGGUUUCAUAGCCGUGGCGGUCGAGGACGCGAUAAAUCCGUAUCUUCCGAAAAUCAUGGAAGUGAUCAAAAGUCUGUUGCCAUCCAAGGAAACACCGAGCAAGAAACGCACGUUCUUGGAACCCGCCGUGUUUGUUUGCAUCACUCUGCUGAGUCACGCGGUCAAGCAAGUCAUCGCUUCGGACGUCAGAGACCUGUUGGAACCUAUGUUCCAAACGGGAUUGAGUUUGAUCUUGACAACCGCGCUCAGAGAACUGGCCCACAGCAUUCCGUCUUUGCAAGUCGACAUAUCCCAAGGUCUUUUGCGAAUGUUGUCUCAGGUUUUGAUGCAAAAACCACUUAGACAUCCCGGAGCUCCUUGGGUGGUUACCAGCCCGAUUUCCACAGCCGACGACAUCUCGUCGAUAGUAUUGGCACUUAAAACUCUGGGCACAUUUAACUUCGACAAUAAUCCGCUGUUGCAAUUUGUGAAGAGAUGCGCGGAUCAUUUUCUAACGUCCGAACAAGCUGAGGUUCGAUUGGAAGCUGUGAAAACUUGCUCGAGAUUGUUGAGAUUAACCCUGAAUCAAUCCGGUCCAACUGUAACCACCACCGUUUCGACUGUUCUCGGCAAGUUGUUGGUAGUAGGGAUAACCGAUACGGAUCCGGAUGUUCGUUUGUGGGUACUCGCGUCGUUGGACGAUUCUUUCGACGUUCAAUUGGCUCAAGCCGAAAAUUUGUGCUCUCUGUUCAUCGCUAUGAACGACGAGAUGUUUGAGAUAAGGGAAUUGGCGGUGCGUACCGUUGGAAGACUCAGCACCCUGAAUCCCGCUUACAUAAUGCCGUCGUUGAGAAAAACCCUCGUUCAGUUUCUCACGGAAUUGGAACACUCGGGAGUUGGACGUAACAAAGAACAAGCCGCGAGGAUGUUGGACCAUUUGAUCGUCACCGCGCCAAGACUCGUUCGACCCUACAUGGAACCGAUCUUGAAAGUUCUCGUUCCGAAAUUAAAGGAAUCCGAUCCGAAUCCAGGUGUGAUACUGGCCGUGUUGCGGGCGAUCGGCGAUUUGGCGGAGGUGAACGGUGCCGAGAUGCAGCAAUGGAUGCCCGAGCUUUCGUCAAUAUUGUUGGAAAUGCUGGUGGAUGCCAGUUCGCCGGAAAAAAGAGGAGUAGCGUUGUGGGUGUUCGGCCAGCUGGUCGGUAGUACCGGCCACGUGGUAAAACCUUACAUGCAAUAUCCGUCUCUGUUGGACGUUCUCAUUAACUUUCUCAAGUCCGAACAAUUGCCGAUAAUCAGGAGAGAGACCAUACGUGUGCUCGGACUGCUGGGCGCGUUGGAUCCUUACAAACACAAGAUGAAUCUUGGACAGAUCGAUUGUCAAUUGGACACCCUCACCUCAAUGGCCGAUACCAAAAUUGACGUGGAGAACACUCAAGAUUUGACGACCAGCGAGAUGCUGGUGAACAUGUCGCCGUCCACAUUGGAGGAAUUUUAUCCGGCCAUCGCCAUCACAACGCUCAUGCGAAUUAUUCGCGAGCCAACUUUGUCUCAGCAUCACACCAUGGUUGUGCAAGCUGUAACUUUUAUAUUCAAGAGUCUCGGCAUAAAAUGCGUCCCUUACAUCUCUCAGGUGAUGCCAAGUUUUUUAAACGUCGUACACAUGGCGGACAUGAAUUUUCGCGAAUUCUUGUUUCAACAGUUGGCCGUUCUCAUCGCCAUCGUGAAGCAACACAUAAGAAAUUAUCUGGAUGAUAUAUUUGUUCUGAUCAAAGAAUUUUGGACCGUUAACAGUCCGUUGCAGAGCACGUUGAUUCUUCUGGUCGAACAGAUUGCGAUAGCGUUGGGCGCGGAAUUCAAGAUCUACCUGCCCCAGUUAAUGCCGCCUAUAUUGAGGGUGUUGACGCACGACAGCAGCAAGGAUCGCGCGGUAACGGUUAAGCUGCUCGUGGCUCUGCAGACGUUCGGCAGCAAUCUGGAUAACUAUCUGCAUCUGGUUCUUCCGCCAAUCGUGAAAUUGUUUUACGCGAACGAUUGUCCGAUAGCCGUGAACAAGGUUGCUCUCGAGACGGUUGAUCUUCUCGCGGAUACGUUGGAUUUCACGGAUUUUGCGUCACGAAUUGUUCACACUCUUGUACGAACGUUGGAUCAGUGUCCAGAAUUGAGAAUUACAGCCAUGGACACGCUCUGCGCCGUUGUUAUACAACUGGGCAAGAAGUAUCAGAUCUUUAUUGUGCUGGUUCAAAAAGUUAUGACGAAACAUAAAAUAGUUAAUCCUCGUUACGACGUUUUGAUAGACAAGAUCCUGACCGAUACAACUGUGGCGGACGGCGAGGACUUUCUGUUGAUGAGGCUGCGACAUUCGCGCAACAAGAAUCGCGAGCUCUCCUUAACGCCUUCGGAAACAACAACGAUCAAAAGACUUCACGUGUCGGCUUCGAACUUGCAAAAAGCUUGGACAGCGACACGUCGAGUGUCCAAGGACGAUUGGCUUGAAUGGCUGCGAUGCUUCUCUAUCGGUCUGCUCAAGGAGUCUCCGUCACCCGCUUUGAGGUCUUGUUGGGCGCUUGCGCAAACUUAUGCGGUAUUGCCGCGCGAUCUGUUUAACGCGGCGUUCGUGUCGUGCUGGACCGAAUUAAACGAGAACUCCCGAUCCGAACUUAUACAGACAUUGAAUCAGGCAUUGAUGGCACCCGACCUACCUACUGAGGUGACGCAGACUAUCCUGAACCUGGCCGAGUUUAUGGAGCACUGCGAUAAAGGUCCUUUGCCAUUGGACAACAAAAUUUUAGGCGACACGGCUAUGCAGUGUCGCGCUUACGCAAAGGCGUUGCAUUACAAGGAAGACGAGUUUCACAAGAGCAGGAGCAGCAACGUGUUUGAGUCUUUGAUCUCGAUAAACAACAAACUUCAACAAAAAGAAGCGGCCGAGGGUUUAUUGGAGUACGUUAUGAACCAACACAAUCAGCAGGAUCUCAAGGUUCAGGUACGUUGGUACGAGAAGCUUCACAACUGGGACAAAGCGUUGCAGCUUUAUCGGGAACGUUUGGAGAGCGAUUCCGCGGACGUGGAAUCUACGUUGGGAGAAAUGCGUUGUUUGGAAGCUCUCGGCGAAUGGGGCCAGUUGCACGAAGUCGCGACGAAACAAUGGUUGCAUCAAAACGACGAGAUCAAACAGAGAAUGGCGAGAAUGGCGGCGGCCGCGGCGUGGGGUCUGGGUCAGUGGGAGAGUAUGCAGAAAUACGUAUCGUUGAUAUCAAAAGAUACUCAGGACGGAUCAUUUUACAGAGCUGUAUUGGCGAUUCACGACGAACAAUAUAACGUGGCGCAUCAACUUAUCGACAGCGCGAGAGAUUUGUUGGACACCGAGUUGACCGCCAUGGCCGGCGAGAGCUAUCAGCGGGCUUAUAACGCCAUGGUGGAGGUGCAGAAAUUGGCGGAGCUCGAAGAGGUGAUACAAUUUAAAUUGGUACCCGAACGCAGAACGGCUAUCAAGGCUAUGUGGUGGGAGAGACUUCAAGGUGGGCAGAAAAUAGUCGAAGAUUGGCAAAAGAUCAUACAAGUGCACACCCUGGUGGUCUCGCCGCAGGACGACAUGUACACGUGGCUCAAGUACGCCAGUCUAUGUCGAAAGAGCGGUAGUUUAAUGCUCUGUCACAAAACGUUGGUUAUGCUAAUGGGCGCGGAUCCUUCGUUAAUUCCGGAUCAACCGUUGCCAACGACUCAUCCCCAAGUAACGUUCGCUUACUGCAAGCAUCUGUGGGUCGCGAACAAACGCGAGGAAGCUUACAAUCAGCUUCAGCGAUUUGUCCAGACUUAUUUGCAGCCGACGACAGCGGCGAUUAUCAAUCAAGAGGACGAAAAGCAACACGAAAACAAAAAACGAUUGCUCGCCCGAUGUUAUCUCAAGCUUGGCGAUUGGUUGGAAGCUCUGCAAGGCAUCAACGAACAUUCCAUUCACGCGGUUUUGUCUUACUACGCCGCGGCAACCGAACACGAUCCCACGUGGUACAAAGCUUGGCACGCCUUCGCUUACACCAAUUACGAAACCGUUUUGUUUUAUAAACAUCAGCAGGGCAACGAUUCCGUAACCGCGGAAGCAACAUCCGGCAACGGAGCGCGUAACAAUCUUUCCAGUUCGCAAUAUAUAUCUCAGUUUACUGUACCCGCGGUAGAAGGUUUUUUCAGAUCCAUUAACUUGUCAGACGGUAAUUCGUUGCAAGACACUCUUCGUCUUUUGACACUUUGGUUCGAUUACGGUCAAUGGCCCGAGGUUUACGACGCUGUCGUCGAAGGCAUUAGAUUGAUUGAGAUAAACACUUGGCUCCAAGUCAUUCCACAACUCAUAGCCAGAAUCGACACGCCCAGAGUGUUGGUCGGUCGUUGCAUACAUCAUCUUUUGAUAGAUAUAGGGAAGACGCAUCCUCAGGCUUUGGUUUAUCCGUUAACUGUGGCUUCGAAGAGCGCGAGUCACGCGAGAAAGACCGCGGCCAACAAAAUCUUGAAAAGCAUGUGCGAGCACAGUCCAACGUUGGUUCAGCAAGCAAUGAUGGCGAGCGACGAGCUCAUUAGAGUUGCGAUUUUGUGGCACGAAUUGUGGCACGAAGGUUUGGAAGAAGCUAGUAGAUUGUACUUCGGUGAAAGAAACGUCAGAGGCAUGUUCGACACGUUGGAACCUUUGCACGCCAUGCUCGAGAGAGGACCCCAAACUCUAAAAGAAACUUCGUUCAAUCAAGCUUACGGAAGGGAUCUGAUGGAAGCUCAGGAAUGGUGUCACAGAUACAAAGCGUCUCGAAAUGUCAGAGAUCUGAAUCAAGCUUGGGAUUUGUAUUAUCACGUUUUUCGACGAAUAUCUCGACAAUUGCCCCAACUUACGAGUUUGGAAUUGCAAUACGUCAGUCCUAAAUUGCUCGUUUGCCGAGAUCUGGAACUAGCCGUGCCGGGAAGUUACAGUCCCGGUCAGCCCAUAGUGAGAAUAGCAAGUAUUCACAGUUCCAUGCAAGUGAUAACUAGCAAACAAAGACCUAGGAAACUUUGUAUCAAAGGUAGCAACGGUAAGGAUUACAUGUUCCUCUUAAAAGGUCACGAGGAUCUAAGACAGGAUGAAAGGGUGAUGCAGUUGUUUGGAUUGGUGAAUACCCUUUUGUUGCACGACCCCGAUACUUUCCGAAGAAAUCUAACGAUUCAAAGAUACGCUGUGAUUCCGUUGUCCACGAACAGCGGGCUUAUCGGUUGGGUGCCGCAUUGCGACACGCUUCACACUCUUAUCAGAGAUUACAGAGAGAAGAAAAAGAUAUUGUUGAAUAUCGAACAUAGAAUAAUGUUACGAAUGGCACCUGAUUACGAUCACCUCAUGCUCAUGCAAAAGGUUGAGGUAUUCGAACACGCGCUCGAACAUACGCAUGGCGACGACCUGGCCCGGCUCUUGUGGCUGAAGUCACCCUCGAGCGAAGUGUGGUUCGACCGAAGAACGAAUUACACACGCUCUUUGGCUGUGAUGUCCAUGGUAGGAUAUAUAUUGGGUCUCGGUGAUCGUCACCCGUCCAACUUGAUGUUGGAUCGUCUUAGCGGCAAGAUAUUGCACAUUGACUUCGGGGAUUGCUUCGAAGUUGCGAUGACGCGCGAGAAGUUUCCGGAAAAAAUACCAUUCCGAUUGACGCGGAUGUUGAUCAACGCGAUGGAGGUGACCGGUAUCGAAGGAACUUAUCGAAGGACUUGCGAGUCCGUCAUGUCUGUGUUGCAUCGAAACAAAGACAGUUUAAUGGCGGUUUUGGAAGCGUUCGUUUAUGAUCCUCUUCUCAAUUGGAGAUUAAUGGAUAACACGGUACCCAAAGGCAAACGUUCGGACGCUCAAGGUAUGAGCGCGAGCAGCAGUCAGGAACACGGGGAUAUGCUCGAUUCUCUUACCUCUACAUUACCAAAGAAGGGUGUGCCGUGUAGUAUCGAAAAUGGAGGCGAUAACAAUCAACCGGAAGCACUGAACAAGAAGGCUCUAGCAAUAAUAACAAGAGUCAGAGACAAAUUAACGGGACGCGAUUUUUCGCACGAAGAAACCCUAAGCGUUCGGCGUCAAGUAGAUCUGUUGAUACAACAAGCUACAAAUAACGAAAAUCUUUGUCAAUGUUAUAUCGGAUGGUGCCCGUUUUGGUAAGAGUGAGGAUGAGCUUCGUCAGCAAGCUCAGCAAUCACGUACGUGUGCAAUUUGUUUUGCAUUUUUUUUAUAAACUUUACCAAAUUACCAAUCACAUUGAGUUUUACAAAUUAUAAU